UUCAGGUGCAUUCGACGUAUGCAUGUUCGAUCGGAUGUGACUCGUCAAUGCCAUAAACAAACGAUGAACUAUUGUCGGGAUGUGCAAGAACACGAUCGUCCGUACGUGUGCCGGGUCUUCGUCGACUUGUACUCGUAAAACGUGUUAGUCUAUUUGAAUCGUUCGCCACCACUGGAAAAUUUUGGAAUGUCGUGUGUUACGUUUGUUCAUAGUGAAUCAAAAACUGACACAAAGUGCGGUAGUUUCAAAGGUCAUCCCGCCGUGAAAAGAGGAUCUAGCUGUCAAUUUUAGGAGCAACUGAAUACUUUUGUAAAAAUUUGAACGACUAUGCCUACACCACCUCCUCCACCGCCUCCUAAUUGCAAUGCAUUCAAUUCUGGUGGCGGAGAACAAGACAGAAGUUUACUUCUUCAAUCGAUUAGAGCUGGAAAAACCUUGAAGAAAACUGUGACUGUAGAUAAGAGUGCUCCUGCGGUUGGUGGUAAAAUAAAAGGAGAAUCAGGAAAUUCCUCUUUUUCAAAUAACAGAGAAAAUAAUAGUUCUAAUGUAGUAGCCAGCAGCAUUAAUAAUAUAAAUAAUGGAGGGCCCAUAGGAUUAGGUGGAUUAUUCUCUAGUGGUAUGCCAAAAUUAAAGCCUACAGGACUCAGGCCGUCUUCUAGUGAAAAGGACACUAGCAAUGUAAAUAGUAUGAAUUUCAGUCAAUCUACUACACCUAGCAUAAAACGAGGUCCACCUCCGGUUCCACCAGCUUCACAAAAGCCACAAAUGUUUGUUCAGAAGGCCAACUCGACGCCGGGAUACAGCACUACAGACUCUGUGAGUUCCAUUGCUGAAGCGCCCAAGAGAUUUGGAAAGCCCACUCUCGCACCCAAGCCACCUACUUCGUCAACGACAUUGCACAAGCCAUCGCCACCUCCUAAGAAAUUAAACUUGACUACCGGAGCAAGCGUAUCGAGAGCACAAAGUAUGCGAUUGCUUAGAUCACCUCCUGUGCUCGCACCAACUCCACCGUCUCUUCAUCAGUCACAGGAUUGCUUAAAUGAAACUCAAUCAAGGCCAACGAAUCGAGUUCUUAGACCUCCGGUUGCAAAACCACCCUCUCCUCCUACUUCCAGAGCGAAUAGCUCGACUACCACAGCAACGAGAGCAGCACCGCCACCACCUUCCAGAGUCACAGUUAGUGCUCCAUGUAUACCGCCUCCACCUCCGCCACUUCCGCAUCGUCCUGCUCCUAUUCAUCAGAGACUGGCUCCACCACCACCGCCGCCACCACCGACACCUCCUACAAGGAGUUCGUCGAUGCGCAAUGGCCGAAGUAUGAACACCCUAGACCUAGAGGUACGAUUCGCGGACAUGUUUCAUUCUAUUGCGAAUUUUCCACCACCGGAGCAGUUCAAAGGAUUUACGAAAGUCUACAGCAGCAGAAAUGCGGCAAAACAACAGGCUCCCGCACCACCUAUGCAAACGUCUUCUUUAUCCAAUAUAAUGGUACCAUUAAAUACGACAUCCGGGGGUUAAUCGUGGCAAUACAAUGCAACUUCUUUGGCAUAUUAAACAUUUUCAAGUAAUUUGUUUUAUUUAUUAUGA